CAGCUCGAAGUCGCCAUUGAUGAGCUGAUAAUACCGGGGCAACUCACCUGCCUACAUUGGCUUUUCUCUAUCUCCUUCGCCAACUCCUUUCGCGACCAUCUCGCCAUCAUUGGCGCGCCUAGUUUGUCUGCACUAGAGCGCAUUCAUAAUGGCUUUUCCGCAGACACCAUCUCACAACCUCCCCGGCGCUUUCCUACAUACGCCCGCCAUCGCAUCGCGCUUCGGUGCCCAGCAAGAUCCCGUCCGUCGCCGUUUAUUUCAAGAACACACGAACUCGAUCUUAUCUGAUGCCCAAGGCCCCAGGCUCGGUCAAGAUCAUGGCCUUGGACUCGACGCUCCUACUACUACUGCCGAGGAGCAAUUGGCACGAGGAAUGCGAGCUCCAACCCUACCUCCUCAGCCUCCCUUAGUUAAAGCAGCUUCGUAUAUCAACAAUGCACUUACCAGAGAUGGCGAGUACCCUCAACUUGAUUCCUACUGCAGACAAAUAUCUUCCGACUACGAUAUCACCCGCGACGAUAAUGCUUGGGCUCCUUUCCAGAAAACGAAUAUGUAUCCGAUCCCCCAAAAUGUCCUUGAGCAAUAUAAUCGCGCCGAAGUCUCUACAAUGAUGGGGUUGUUCGCCGAGUUGAACCACGCCUGGGUAACCAUUGACAACUGUAUUUAUCUUUGGGAUUACACGCAUCCGAACCCCGAACUCAUCGGUUACGAGGAUAGCCAACAUAGUAUCACGGCCGUGAAGCUCGUAGCCCCGCGACCUAACGUAUUCAACAAGAUUAUUACGCACGUCUUGGUUGUUGCUACUACGUCGGAGAUAUUCCUUUUGGGGGUAGCAGCUAGGGAUUCGCCAAAUAACGUGAAGACUAUCGAGCUUUAUGGCACGAAGAUGGCACAGGCUUUGAAGGGAACCGAGGCGCAUGUUAUAGCCGGUUCCGCGGAUGGUCGCAUAUUCUUCGCUGGACGUUCAGACACUGACAUCUACGAGCUUAAGUAUCAGCAGGAGGAAAAGUGGUUCACGAACAGGACAGAGAAGAUAAACCAUACGUACCGUCCUUGGACCGCCGCAGUCCCUAACCCAUCGCAGAUGUUCUGGGGCAAGGCCGCGAACGAGCACGUUACAGAGAUUGUCAUCGAUAAUAGUAGAAAUUUGCUCUACACUCUUUCUACGAUGUCAACUGUGCGCACUUACCAUAUGGAGCCUCCGAACAAGCUUACCAAAGUUAUUGAAAAGACCAAGGACGAAUUCCUACGCGAUAUAGCCCAUGUACUCAGCACCGGGACCCCUUUGCUCAAUGAGCGCAUCGAUAUUGUAUCUAUUAGCCCCAUUUCCGCAGUCGAAGAUUUCAAGGUUCAUCUCAUGGCUUUAACAAACACGGGAUGUCGUCUAUUCAUGAGCGCUACGAGCACCGCGUCUUACAUGCUAAAUUCUUCGAAUCAAGCUCCGCAAAGCAUGCAGUUACAAGCUAUCAAAUUCCCGCCCUCCGAACAACGAAGACCUAGAGCCGACCGGUUCGGCGGCCCUAUCGACGCCGACAUCCAAUCACAAACGCUAAUAAGAAGUCGUCGGGGCAUCCGCUUCGCACCAGGUUACUUUCUGGAUUUCGUCAUUAGGACAGACCAAGCCAAUAGUGACCUGUUGUUCCUGUCAGCUCCUGACAGUGGGCGGAUCAACCAUGGCCGACAGAUUCAAAACAUGCGAUUCUUUGAGCAUGCUAAUUGGAUUGAUAUCGGCAGUAGGGCUGAAGACAUUGGGUUGGUCACGAAGCCAUUCGCUGCAAGCGGCCAACCCCAGGGAUUUGGUAACGAACUAGCCGUACAAUUCGACGACCCGAACGGCAGCGAGUUCGCCAUCCUUACAAACACAGGAAUACAUCUAGUGCGGCGCAGGAGACUAGUCGACAUCUUUGCUUCCGCUAUCAGAGCCGCCGCCGGAGAUGAGGGUGUGAAGGCUGAGGUUAGCAAAUUCCGAAGCGCUUAUGGCCAUGUCGAAACCAUAACUGCUGCACUUGCUGUUGCAUGCCGCCAAGGAGAUAACGGUCGUACCGGGAUAGGUCGUGGUGCAAUUGACCAAGCCACCCAGGACCGUGCAAAACAAGUUUAUAUUAACUACGGCGGAAAUCCUAGACUACCCGAACAAGACGGACAGACAGCCACCGUCGAGAUGGUACAGCCCUCAACUCGCCACGCCGCUUUAACCCUAUAUCUCAGCCGACUCGUCCGGAAACUAUGGAAGUCUCAAGUCAUUGGGUUGGGGACCGACGCCGGUGGCGCGUUGGCUAUAACCAGCGUCAUCGCAACCGAAAAACUCAAGGAUGUCCAAGGAAGCGUGGAAAGUCUAAGAAGUUUCCUCGACACAAAUCGAUCUUUUAUCCAGGGCCUUUCCGGGCCCGCAGAUCUACGGAGAGCAGGAAGCAAACAGGAAGAGCUUGGUUUCCAGGGUGAACAUCAAGCCAUGCGCGCAUUAGAAACGUUGAUGACAGGGAUCACCGAAGGUAUAUCUUUCGUUACGACACUAUUCGAAGAGCGAGUUACAGACAUAUUUUCUCGCCUUGACGAUACAUCUCGACAGCAACUCCGCGAUCUCACAUACGAGCAGCUCUUUUCACAAGACAAUGGAAAGGAACUAGCAAAGGUCCUAGUGAAGGCUAUUGUCAAUAGGAAUAUCGAGAACGGAUCGAACGUAGAGACUGUAGCAGAUGCUCUACGACGGAAAUGUGGUAGUUUCUGCAGUCCUGACGACGUAGUCAUUUUCAAAGCUCAAGAGCAAUUAAAGAGGGCUUCGGACCCGUCUCUUAACCCCAACACCUCUCGUACGCUCCUACACGAGAGUUUGAAGCUCUUCCAGAAAGUCGCAAAGAGUUUAACAUUAGCAAACCUCGAGUCCGCAAUCGAUCAAUAUGUUGCCUUGAGAUAUUAUGCUGGUGCUAUUCAUCUGUGUCUAGUGGUUGCCAACGAAAAGGAUAGAGGGAAUUCUGCGCUUUCUUGGGUCAAUGAUGGUAAACCCGUUGGCGACCCAAGGGCAAAAUUCUUUGAUGAGCGCAAAGUCUGUUACAGUUUAAUUCACCGCGUCAUGCUAGACCUGGACACCGCUUUCAACCGGGAGCCCGGCAUGGUUGACGGGAAACCAACAUUAAUCACAACGAAGCGCGCCGAAGCUUAUGAUGUGAUUAGCAACGCACCAGACGAAAUUUUCCAUUUUGAUCUCUACGAAUGGUAUUUACAACAAGGAUGGACCGAGCGCCUUCUCAAUAUCGACUCGCCUCACGUCACCACUUUCCUGUCUAAGCUUGGCCAUAAGGAUGUGGAGCAUGCAGACCUCCUUUGCAGAUUUUACACCAUGCGUGCGCGAUUUUUCGACGCGGCGAAGGUCCAGGCCGAGCUCGUGCAGUCUGAUUUCCCAAUUUCUAUUAAAGAUCGCCUUAUCUUGCUUAGCAAAGCGAAGACUAACGCUAGUGUCUCGACCACGGGUGUGAGCCGGCAAGAACAGCAACUCCUUAAUCAUGAAGUAACCGAGCUUUUAGAGGUUGCACAUAUUCAGGAUGAUCUUUUAGAAAGACUGAAGAUCGACAGUAGAAUACCGCCCGAGCGCCAGCCUGAAAUUCAGCAAGCGCUGGAUGGUAAGAUUCAACCACUCUCUGAACUAUUCAAUGGCUACGCCGACCAAGCCGGCUACUACGAUCUCUGUCUUCUUAUCUAUCACGUUGCCGAUUUCCGAAAUGCAACCACCAUCGCGCAGACUUGGAACAGUCUCAUUCAACAAACCCACGAAAAUGUUGCAGAGCAGUGGGCAGCAUACAAUGCGGAACGUCACGAGAACAAUGCGCGAGCUGGAGAUGCUCCUCCACAACCAUAUGAGGUAUUAGUAGGCCAAAUUCAAGAUAUCUGCCAUCGUUCCUCCAAUGAUUCCUUCAUCUUCCCCGUCCCCGUCCUUCUACCGGAGGUAUGCCGCUAUGCGUUUGAGAACGCCCAGGACAGAAGAAUCGCAGCCGAUAUCAACUGGCCAGUGCUCGUCUUCCUGAAUUUAGGAGUAAGCUAUGAUCUUGUGGUCCGUGUCCUGGAACAAAUGUACGAGGCACAGGAGGUACCAUUCCGUGGUGCCGGUCGAGCAAGGAUUAUCGAAUGGAUCACUUGUGCUAUUAGCUACUGGGUCCGCGACUUGAGCAGAAACAGUCGCCCAGAUGCGAGACUGGAGUCGUGGGUUGGCGAGUUGGUUGUAGAAUGCGACAAUUGGGUGUCAGCCAAUACGAGAAUCACUAACGAGGGCGGGGCAGAUAUUAGGGAUAUUGCGCGAGGCGUCAAGGCCAUGAAACAAGCUGUCGAACCACUAGUCGUGUCGCCAAUGGCCAGCAGGAGUAUGGGCUUCUAUUAAGAGAUAAUAAAGAGGUGACAUGACGUUGGGCUUGAUUAGGAGGUUUAAGGGACUGAGAACUCUAUAUGCAUCAGGCGUUGGAAUACCAAGAUCUAUAAACGGCAUUGAAGAC